AUGCUGCGGUGCGAGAAUGUUCGCAUAGAUGGGCAUAGCUUUGACCUGUCUGAGCUUGGCGGGCCGCACUCAGUCGUGACGUCGCGGUGGGAGUCGCUUGCCGAGACGCAUUUCAACACCACGUACACAGUCGAUAUCUGUCAGCCUCUGAAGAAGAGCGGAAAAUCUAAAAAACAGGAGGAGUGCCCAAACGGAACCAGAGUAUGCGCGAUCGAGCGAACCCUGAAAGACGAUACCGACAUGGUCACCAAGGUUGUCGCCAUUGCGGGUGGACUCGAGAAUGUGGGGGGCACAUCGUUCGAAUACGAGGCCACGCGUCUCAAGACGAGUGACUCGAACUCGGACUCGAAGAAGGAAGGUGUGCGACUCGUGCUCAAGGGAGGGAAACAUCCCCUGAGCGGACCGAACAAGCAGCGUCGGCCGCAAGAGGCUGUCAUUGAGUUUCUCUGCGACAAGGAGAAGACUGGCCUGGAGAAUGAGUGGCGCUCUGAGGACCGAUACGAUGGAGACGACGGCAGGAAGGACGACAAGGCGAAGAGGGAUGACAAGAAAGAUGCGGACGAUAAUGACGACGACGAUGGCACAGAGUCUGGAGUCGAGCACCAGCUCAAGAAGGAGGGCGCCGCUCUCGUCUGGGAGGGCUACAGCGUCAACGAGAAGAAGGAUGCUGAUGUUCUGCGACUGACCUGGCAUACAAAGCACGCCUGCGAAAGCCGCGAAGACAGCGGCGACGACGGCGACUCGGACAGCAGCAGUCACUGGGGCUUCUUUACGUGGAUGCUGAUCAUCGCCUUUCUGGGCGCCGCUUCCUACCUCAUCUUUGGGUCGUGGCUCAACUACAGCCGCUAUGGUGCCCGUGGAUGGGAUCUCCUCCCCCACGGGGACACGUUGCGUGACAUUCCGUAUCUCGUCAAGGACUGGACGCGCAGUGUGCUCAACACCGUGCAAGGGGCCGGCAGCCGGGGCGGCUACAGCGCCGUCUGA